UGCUUGCUUUCUCCCGUCAUGCAUUGCGGUCACAGCCAUGCAGGCCAACACUCAGACAUCAGGAGUGACCGGCUCAUAUUCAGCAUCAUAAACAAUAUCAUUAGAAACACGACAGUACACUUUGAUGAGGAUCUCCUAACACAACAAGGCAGUAUGUGUCAUCGAAUUGAUGAUGUCAUGAAGCUGUGUUGUGAGUUAUCUGCCAAUCAGCAAAUCCAGACCACGGUGAAAGGCUCAGGGAAGGGAGCAGCAGCAGCCGGGGGGCUGGCCUUCGCUGGAGGGCUGGUCGGGGGUCCUCUUGGCAUUGCAGUCGGUGGUGCUGUCGGAGGUCUUCUGGGCUGCUGGUUGACCAGUGGACAAUUCAAACCACUGCCUCAGAUCAUAAUGGAGCUCAGUCCUCAGCAGCAGCAGAAGCUUUAUGAUGAUCUUAUGGUCAUCCUGGGAGACAUCCAGUGGACAGAUCUGGCUCAGCUAACAGCCCUAGUGAUGGGAAACUCUACCCUGAAGCAACAGCUUACAGGCGCUCUCCUCGGGUAUAUCACCAAAGAGCUCCAGGCACAGGUGCACUAUGUGGACUAGUGUCUGAAGAAAAGUCAGAAUCUCCCCGAUGAAUGUGAACUGUUUUUAUGAAGCAGGAGAGACUCUUUAUCGCAUAUGAUGAAAUGGAUCAGACAUCAGCACAGGCAACGGUGGUUAAUAAGAGGUUAGCACUUUAUUGUGAUUCAAAACAGCCAUGUAACUGGUUUAAUUUAUUAUUGGAAGUGUACUUGAAGAAAUGAUUUAUUCAUUAAGCCUUUAAUCUCACUGAUAAUCAUGUCUGACUUUAAAGUUAGGCCUGGCAGGUUGGUUCAGCUACAACGAAGCACUGUUUUCAAUAUUUAAAUUACAAAGAAUUAUGCGCUACGUGAGCGCCAACUAUACAGUGUGAAAUGUUUUGAUUUGAUGUAAAUUUGACUUUAAGAGUAGUACUUUACCACCGUCUGUGUACAGGAUAUUGUUUUUGCAAUCACUGAGCUGUUUUUGCUUUAAAUGAUUUUAUUGAUAAAAAAAACAAAGUUUGUGUCUUACAGUGGUUCUUGGUUUUACAUAGCAAACUUUAUUUCUUAGGAUUUAAACUGUGAAACACUAAAUAAUAGUGCUUUGUCUUACUUGAAAGUUUUAAAACAUGUCUUGGUACUGCAAUUACUGAUAUAAAAUUGUCAUCUUGUCUGACAUAAACUCAUUAAAAGGAACAAAAAGUUA